AUGUGUGGAUCAAAAGCACGGCUUCCUCAUUUUCCUACGUUAUGUGAUGGCUACAACGACUAUAGUGAAACGAUUGAUGGCAUAUUUGAAACAGAUGAAACAAAUUGUGAGCGAUGGCCAUGUGAUAAUCAAUAUACACGACGUGAUGGGUUAUGGAAUUGUCCCGAUGGAGCAGAUGAAGCACAAUUUUUUCAUCCAGUUUGCCAUCAAUCCAUUGGACAUCCAUGCUUAUUACACAAUACAACCGAGUUGAUUUGUCUACCACUUGCUAACAGUAAUGAUGGAAUUAUUGACUGUUAUGGAGGAACUGAUGAACAAAGUUUCUGUUACAAAGAACUAAAUGGACAAACCAGUUUUCUUUGUUUACCAAACAGUACCAAUAGUCAACUGCAAGCUAAUCAAACAAACAUAUGCAUUAAUCCUGAUAGCGUAUGUGAUGGACACUUGGGUUGUCCACUACAAGAUGAUGAACUAAAAUCUUUCUGCGAAAUGGUUGGUGAUACUGUAUUGACAUGUGGAAUGUGGAUAGCAAGUCGGCAAAUAUCAAAAGAAAAUAUCAUUUGCACUCUUGAUGAUACGCUCAGGAGACUUGCAUUUGCAUUGAACUGGACUCCACAUUUUUCACUGGCUAACUACAGUAUUCUUCCACCACUACCGCUAUCGUCACCUCUAACUUUAUCGCCAAAAAGAGUCCUACCAACAACUCUACUUGAUCAGAAUGGAUUAAUUGUUGCAGAUGAACGUCAAAACGCAUUAACUCAAUUUUCAUGUCGUGGUGGCAUUCCAGUUUAUUUCAAAGGUAAUAUCACGUGCUUAUGUCCACCAAUUAUCUAUGGCUCGUUCUGCAAAUAUCAAAAUCAACGCGUCAGUGUUACCCUGCAAUUAAUCAAUUCAUAUCAUUAUAUUCGAUAUUUAUCGAUUAGAGAUUGUAACACAAAAUUCAAUUUUCAUUUGCUUCAUUCUUCUCGGCCAAAAACUGUAAAUCAAACUUAUUCAGUGCGUAUUGAUGUAUUUGAUAUGUUAACACUUAAAUAUCGUGUCAGUUGGAUAUUUCCAAUAUUGUUCUCCUUUCUGCCAGUUUACCGUUUACCAAUUCAAUUAACAGUACCAUUAUUUCCUGUUUCAUCUGAAAUCAAAUGCCCACUUGAAUGUAAAAAAGGACAUGGCCGAUGUGCUUUAUUUUUAAAUAGUGGCACAUAUUUUUGUCAAUGCGAUCCAGGCUGGUUCGGUCCAUUUUGCACAAAUUCAUAUCAGUGUAAUUGCUCUCCAGGUUCUCUUUGUGUUGGUACUUCAAGAAAUCAGUCUAUUUGUGUAUGCCCGAUUAAUAAAUAUGGCAAACGUUGUUAUUUAACGAAUAAUUUAUGUCAAGAAAAAAACGCCAAAAACUGUCGAAAUAAUGGUACAUGCAUCCCACGAGAUCUACGAAUUCCAGUUGAUGAUAAAACGACAUGUUCGUGUCCCGAUAAAUUUCAUGGUGAUGAAUGUGAAUUGAACGAAACCCGAAUUGAUUUAUUGAUUGAGAUGCCUGCCAUGAAAGAUUCACUAUUGAUUCAUUUUAUCAGAGUUAAUUCUCAUAUGCCUGCUCUACAAUUAUACCAAGCGAACAAUGGGGGCCUCAUGAACGUGUGA